UGUUAGUCCUAAUGUUAGUUAAUCGAUGGUACCAUUACAUCUAGAUGGAACAACAUUUUCACCAGCAUCAUGAAUAAUAUAUAUUAUAUGAUACAUAAUAAUUAACAUACCUACCCUAAAACUCAAAAUGAAUGGCACUAAAUACAGCCUUAAAAUAAACAGCAGUUUAUCAGUGCUCAAGUUUAUUAUUAUUUUAAUCAUCAUAAGCAACUACAAUGCUCCAACUAGUGCAGAUUUGCCGCAAGUAAAGGAAACAUUAGAGUGGAAGCUUCAUCGCAAUUUAUACGACUACAGAACAUAUGGCGCAGUUACGUUAGAAAGAAUUUGUGUCCCACCACACACAGUUUCUCUAAAUAUUUCAAUAAAUGUGCAGAGAAGUAGUGACAGUUGUGAUGUAAAAGUUUCAAAAAUCUUUAUAAACCAGUUUGGGUUGCCUAUGGUAAGCCGAGAUAAUGAGGCAUUCCCCACCAACAUGUUUAUACCUAGCUCCCACUUAUACAACACAUCAGCGCUAAGCAACAAUGAUACAGUAAGCUGGGUGCUGGACAACCUGCGUGAAGGGGAGCUGUUCCUCAUGGCUGUGAUGCCACCUCCAGAUUCAAGAAUCAAACAGCAAGGUCUUGGAGCAGACUGUGACUACUUUAUGUCAGUGAAGGCUAAAAUUUUGUUUUAUCAGGAUGAAGAUAUCCAACAAUUACAGUUAAAUUCAUCAUCUAUGAUCAAUUUAAGUGGGAAAGUGAAAAGCAUUGUUAGCUUUAAAGUCCCAGUGGAUGCUAUAAAGUACUCUGUUUAUUUCAAUGGAUGCAAUACAAGUUCCUGUUCUGUCAGUGUGUUUCUGUUGGAAGCCUUGACCUUUGAUAUUCCAGAAAAACAGAAGCAAAGUUGUGUGUGGAUAAAUGGGUCUUGUGCAAUAGAUGUGAUGUACCCAGUUGUCAACUCCUUCAAUUAUCUGUUGUUUGUUCUUGAAGAGAAGAUUCAAGUAAACAUUUCAUUGCAAGUUAAAGCCACAUACUUUGAUAUGGAUCACAGCAUUAAUGAUCUGACAGUGCUGCCUCUCCAUGACACCAAACAGAUUUCUAUACUGGCUGGUGAUCUGGGCAGAGAAACCCCAGCAUCAGCAGAGGAAGGUUCCAACUUCUACGACCACUUUGCUGCUUGGGAUGACAAUUUUUCACCCCGCUCUGUGGUCAACGUAAGGGUACUUGACACUGUUAUGGUGACGUCUAGAUUCAAAUUGCGGACCUCUGAUACUGGAACAACACUUAAAGUUUAUUUCCAUAUCCCAGUGGAAAAGAUUUCUCAAAUGGCCCACAUACACAUGUGCCUCAGCCCCCAUAGGUUAUCUAGUGCAAUCAACUGUACGGGAGGUGCUCUCAACAUCACCACCAAAAAAGAUGAAAACAAACAGUAUGUGAUGGUACCUUACCCUCAAAAUGGAAUCUGGUUUAUAUCAAUGCAAAGUCAGUGCUUUGAAGUGGACAAAAAUACAAGCGAGGAGAUAACUCUACCAUGUAAACAAUACCCCAUUGUCAACCUGACUGUGCAUUUGUCCCCCUGUAUAGACGGAGGCUGUGGGUCAUAUGGAUCCUGCAAACUUUACUUUGGUGCUGAUAUUCUAUACUCAGCUUGCAACUGUUAUUCAGGAUGGCGAGGUUAUGGCUGUAAUGAUGGCAGUAGAGCUGAGACAGCUUCCACAGAGAAAGCUGCUGUUUAUUUACUAACGUUGUCUAACCUAGGUUUUAUACCUGGGAUAGCUCUAGCAGUCUACCGUAGAUUUUAUAUAGAAGCUUUGGUCUAUACCUACAACAUGUUUUUUUCAACUUUCUACCAUGCCUGUGAUUCAAGUGAGGUCUACCAGCUAUGCAUAAUGCCAUACAACGCCCUUAGUUUUGCUGACUUCUUUGCCUCCUUGCUGUCUUUCUGGGUUACCCUAAUGGUGAUGGCCCGCAUCCCCCAGGAGCUGCGGUCCUUCCUACACAUGCUCAGUGCACUCUUCAUCUCUUUGGGAGUAGUAUAUGAUCGCCAUGGUUUGAUAGAGCAGCUUCUCCCGAUAGUGGGGGGUGUUUUUAUUGUUCUGCUAUCAUGGGGUGUCCAAUGCUACAAGAAGAAAUCCAUUUUCCCAUCCAAGAUGAGACUACUCAAGUUCAUUCUGCCUGGAGUUGUCUUAGCCUGCAGUGGCCUCAUCUUUAACCUGGCUUUAGAAACCCAAGAGAAUUAUAAAUAUAUCCACAGUAUGUGGCACAUUUUGGUGUCUGCAUCCAUCAUGUUUCUGCUACCACCAAGGAGAAACAAUAAAGAUAAGACUGGUUGCUUGUCCGUCCAGUCAGGAGAUAUCACUCGCCAGCAACUAAUUGAAAAUGAUGAGUUACAGGCCAAUAUCCUUCGGGCCGAUGAAACAGACGCUGGGACUCCUUCUGAGCCGUCAUCUCCCCCAGAAACCCCAAGCAACAGCAGAGGAUUCAAGCUACGCAAAGUGGCCAACAAUCGCAGACACAGUAACAACUUGGUGUUAUGAAGUACAUAAGUAUUUCUUUUUAUCACUUAUUGUGACUUUUCGACUGUUUUUAUUUACAAGAACAAACAUGUUAUGCUUUUUUUUAUUAUCAUUUACAAUUAAUAUUUGACCAAGUACUUUCAUUCUUAUGAGGUGCGCCUAAAUAAUUUUUUUUUUAAAGUUGGGUUUGCUUCCUGUGGUUUCAACAUCUGGGACUUUGUCUAAAGCUGACACCCUCCUUUUUACCUCUAUUUUUUAUUCAUAGGGUUGGAUUCUCAAUUUGCAUCUCAACAUAUCAAAAUGUUUUAUUUUUUUAUUGUUUUAAUUUAUUUUUUUGUAUUCUGAUGAUCAUAAUAUGAAAGAUCUACCACAUAUAUUGACCCCUCCACCAAAUCUCAUAAUGUGAAAACAGAGCCUAGCGAUCAUAUGAGGUGAAAUGGGCAUGUAUAAUAAUGUACAUAUGUAUGUGUUACAUGGACUGGUCAAACAAUCGCCUAUAGGCCUACACCUGCGUUGGUUUUGUUAAUUAUUGUCUUGUGUUUGUGUCAAGAUGUUAAUUGUUUUUGAGUUGGUUUGUUACUGGUAAUUCUACGCCUUCAGCUGCUUGUAUAUGAAAUAGCUGAAUAGCUGUUUUUAUAAAUGUGUCUUUGGUGGUUACCACAGUGUUGACACUACCCUAAGAAAUUAGCUUUGAGACUUGGGCUGGUUGGGGGAGGGGUGGGAUUUUUUGUAGAUGGUGAGUUUUUUUUUUAAUUUAUUGUUAUAUAAAUAUCAUAAAAAUUAGUAUUACACAAGUUAAUUAAUCCUGCCUACUUUCUGCAUCCCAAAGAUUUGUUGUGAACAUAAUUAUUUAAGAAAAAUAUAUUUUAAUAGUGUAUAGUAUUUUGUUAUGUGUAUCAACUUUUUCUGAAGCAAAAUUAAAAUAGAUUUAGAUAGCCUCAACAAUAAUAUCCAUUAUUUUUUAAAGAAUGUUUUUAACUGGUGAUUAAGUUUUUUUUCAAUUUAAAAAAAGUGCCAUUAACAUUCAUUUCAAUGAUAUGAGCAAUAUAAAGUCAGUUGCAAAAAAAUAUAACACCUUUUCAAGACACUCCUCCAAUAGUUUUACUGUCCAAAACAUUUUUGGCAUAUGGCUACAACUGAAGUGUUUAUCCAUAAUUCUAAUGUUACUUUAGAAGUUUAUUUUAGCAACAAGGUGAUGAAAUGCAUUGUGAUAUCAUAUCCAUUUUUAUCUAGGUUAUGUUGGGAAGUGGUCUUGUAAAAUUGCUAGCAGCUGUCACAUAAUUACUAUCCGAAUUAUAAUAUUCAUUAGCAGGAUAUUCAGGUGAAACUUAUACCCAGUUGUGUGGGAGUUGUUUUUUUUUUAUUGUAAAGCACAGCAGUAUCUUUUACAAUUAGAAAUUUACCUGUGUACUUGAAAAAAAAAUGUAAUAUAAUGAAAAAAAAAAAAAAUAAACCUGAGAUUUUCUAAUGCCUGGGCCAGUUAUGUAUGAAUCAAAUGGCAACGUAAAAUUUUUCAAAUUUUUUUUAGUUAUUAUUAAUAUUGCUCAAGUUUUUUUUUUCUGUUUCCCCUAUUUGAACGAAAAACUCUACUUAUACAAUGUAUUUACCUAUAUGCAAAAUUCUGUGCUUUCUGCAGUUGCCUACUUUCCCUUUUUAUUUUACAAUAUUUUGAAAAAUGUAACUAUCUGCUCUUUAAAUUAUGCAGUAACUCAAUGUUUCUUAGAUGUAUUUAAUUGUAGUAUUGUGCAAGUAGUAUGAUAAAUGUUUUAGAACUUUUUCAAUGCUAAUGAUUGUAGCAACUAUGUCAGUGUUUACUAUAGUGUAAGUAAUACAUGUUCUAGCAUUAAGGUCAGUGAUGGUAGGAACUAGACCUACUCCUGACUCAUCUUUGUUUUCAUAUUAAAUCAUUCCUGGUGUAAAACAAUGUCCUUACACAUAUAACAAUCUUUUUGCCUUCAGUUUUGUUAAUGAGACAGUUCUAAGAAUCGAGUAUAACAAAAAAAAAAUGUCAAAGCUUUUGAAUACAAUCACAUGGAGUGUCUAGCAAACAUCCAAGUGGUACCAAAAUGCCUUGCCAAUGACUGAGUGUGGCUGAUCUAUCCUCUUUGAACUUCCUGUAUUAUUAUUCAUUAGACUCAUCUUUUUAAGCAUUACACUGUGUUUACACUUAUUACAUGGUAUACUAACCAUGCCUUAAGUUAAUUUUAUCAGAACAUGAUAGUGAGGCCUACUCACGUAUUGCAAAGUUGCUUUUUUCUAGACAUGCAUAGUAUACAUGUCGCAAGUGUAAACACGAUCUCCAAAUCUUUAUUUAGUUAAGUGCUGAAAAACAUUUGUAUGUGCUGUUGUAAGUUUGAGUAUGUUCAGCAUAAAUUUUGACCAAGCUUAAUUCAGUACAGACCAGCUUAUUAAUGUUAUUGUACACAGCAUUGUUUUAUAAAUAAAAGCUUUUGCAGAGAACUGAAUAUCUCCAUCCAUAUAUUGACAAAUGUGAGAGUAAAUCUGCAUAAUCAAUCAUAAAUAAUGUCCAAAUACUGCCAUUAUUACCCCCCACUGGUUUAUAUAAAAAUUUAUAUUGCUCAAUGUGAAGUACUGAUUUUCAAAAGUACCAAUAUUUUUUUAUUAUUUUUAUGCUUGUUCUCUUUUUAAAUCUAGAUUUUAAAACAAUUUUUAAAAUUUUAAAACAUAUUAGACUAGAAGUUUGUGUAACACCAAUGAUACUUGUAAUUAAAAUAUACUUUCUAUCUUACUCUACCUAGAAUUGACUUAAAUUCUUUUGGUACCUAAUUUUGUUGGAAGACCUAAUUUUCUGUUAAAAUAGAAAAUUGUUUUAUUUUUUCUGCAGCAGUGACUCUGUAGUUUUAAAACUGAUUAUCACUUUGACUGUGAUUUUUCUUCAAUGUAUAUAUUUACAUAUCAUUUCACCAGACAAAUUAAAACUUAAUUUGGAGAGUUUUGCAAAUUAUAUUCCCUGAAACUGGAACAUGUAUUUGAAUAUCUUUUGGCCACCUGUACUAGAGUUUGGAUGUUUAUUUUACAUUUAGCCUCUAGAGGCCACACAAGUAGUAGAUCUAAGUGUUUUGAUAGAUGUUGAAAUAUAUUGAUGGAUCUUAUUCUUAUUAAAAUUUUAUGCAAUAUUCAA